AUGCAAUCUGAGACAUCAUUUAUAGUUGCGGCACCUCCUAUGUUCGACGGAGAAAACUAUCAAAUGUGGGCAGUGAGGAUGGAAGCCUACUUGGAAGCCAAUGAUCUUUGGGAAACAGUGGAAAAGGACUACGAAGUUCCACCUUUAACAGAGAAUCCAACAAUGGCACAGAUCAGAAAUCACAAAGAGAAGAAGCAAAAGAAAUCCAAGGGAAAAGCUUGCCUUUUUACAGCAGUUUCAUCAACUAUCUUUACCAGGAUUAUGACUCUCAAGUCAGCAAAGGCAAUUUGGGAUUUUCUCAAGAAAGAGUAUGAGGGAAAUGAGAAGAUCAAAGGGAUGCAAAUGCUGAACCUAAUCAGAGAGUUUGAGAUGCAAAGAAUGAAAGACUCAGAAACUGUGAAAGAGUAUUCUGAUAAGCUUCUUUGCAUAGCAAAUAAGGUAAGGAUACUUGGUGGUGAGUUUCUUGACUCUAGAAUAGUCCAAAAGAUUCUGGUUACUCUUCCAGAACGUUUUGAAUCAACAAUUUCUGCUUUGGAGAACUCAAAGGAUUUGUCCAACAUCUCUUUGGCAGAAUUGUUGAAUGCUCUUCAGGCACAAGAGCAGAGAAGACUUAUGAGGCAAGAAGGAACCAUUGAAGGGGCUUUACAGGCCAAAUUGCAGAUCAAGGGCAAGAAGAAGCAGCGGAAGAAAGAAAGUGAUGAUCAGCCUUGCAAUUCAAUCACACCUGGGGGAGCAAACAAAUUAAAUUAUCCUCCAUGCCAGCACUGUGGAAAAAAAGGUCAUUCUCCUUUUAAGUGUUGGAGGAGACCUGAUGUGAAGUGCCACAAGUGCCAGCAAUUAGGCCAUAUUGCUAAGAUUUGCAAGAACAAAAAUCAACAGCAGCAGACAGGUGCACAAGUAGCAGAUCAACAAGAGCAAGAGCAGGAACAAUUGUUUGUAGCUACUUGUUUUUCCACUGUCAGUUCUGGAGAAAGUUAG